AUGGCGGUGAUGGACCUAAUGUCUGAUUCUGUCAAGUUUUCUCCGUCAAAGAGGAGACAAUUAGGGGUUCUUGGGAAGGGUGGGGAGGUCGCUGGAGUUUGUCAAACUGGGGGAUUGCUAGAUGUUGUCGAAGGAGUAGGGGCCGUCGGUGAAGAUGAGGAUUCCACAGCUCCUCCGGCAAACACCGCUCACCAACUGAAAAACCCUAAUCGUAACGGUCAGAUUUCCACUCCUUUUUCAUUAUAUACUUGUGGCUUCUCUUCGUAUAAUCAAUCAAACAUCAUGAAUUCAUCGCAUUCAAAUGCCGAUCCUUCUGAUAUUGGUUUGAACAAUCCGAGAUUGGGUUCUGGGAAGCCAGAAUUUGGCUCCGCUUUGGGCCGUUCGAAGCCGAGAAUGGUGAAGCUGAGGAGGCACGCGGCUUCUAAUCAUCCGAGGUCGACACUGUCGUCGGAAACUGGUAACAUUGAUCCUGGGUUUAAUCCGUUUCGACCCGUUUCGGAUAAUUCCAUUUCUUCAUUUUCUCAGAUGGAAAUGGGUUCUUCAUUUUCUGGGAAUUUGAACUUUGGGAAUGCUGCUAAUGAUGAUUUUGUGUUUGGAGCUAGCCCCGAAAAAUCGACCACCAAUUUGGAUUCCAAGGUAGGGAAUUCUAGUGGAUUUGUGGAAAAUGUUUUUCUUGACGACAUGAGGAAAUUGAAAAUUGGACAUGAACAAGAGUUUGUGAGUAAAUUGAAAAUUGGACAUGAACAAGAGUUUGUGAGUAACAUUAAUCCUUCAUUAAAUUUAAAUGCGAGUGAUAGAGAUAGUUCUAGCCAUGCUAAACUUCCUGAUGAAAUGAGAAAAUUGAACAUUGAAGGCUCAAGCAAUGUGGAAAGUUCUAAGAAUGUUAAAAAUGUGAAUUCUAACUUGAAUGCACAUAAUAUGACCCAUUUUAUGUUUGGAAGUGGCAACAAUGUCACCAAUUCAUUUGGUACGAGUGUGGCAUCUGAACUUCCGACUGAGUUGAAGAAAUUGAAUAUUAAAGAUGCUGGGGAGGUUGAUGGAAGUAAUCUUAAUUGCAGUGCUGAUGAUAAGAAGUCUGCAUUUGGUUACAUUAAUAAGUGCAAUAAUUCUUUGGAUGGAAGUUCAGCAAAUAUGCUUCCUGAUAAGAUGAAGAAUUUGAACAUGAAGGACUCUCUGAAUACUUAUGUUGGUGAGAAGGAAGAGGUCAAUUUCACUUCCAGUGACAAGAGUGGCUUUCAAAGGAGGCUGGGGAUAAUAAUUAUCAAAGACAGGCGGGUUUUGGUUCCUCUACACCUUUUGCAAAGGACAGUCUUGGAAAUUUGGGUGAUAAGAAAUUCCAGGAUUUUAGGAGCGAUAAGCUUCACGGCUGAGUUCACUUUUCAGGCAGGGCUGCAGGGUCAGAGUUUUAGUGGAAGUCAGGUUCCCCAAGAAGAAUAUGUCACACCUAACCAAAAAGGAAAUAUAUUUACUUGUGUAGAUAAGAAACUGGAGUUCAGUGCAAAGAGGGAAUCGGUUAAAGAUGCCAGGUCAAAGAAAAAAAGAGGAAAGUUGAGGAUUCCUACCCCAGUUCAACCAUGGCUUGGGCAGGAUUUUAGCUCGAGGAAAAGUAGUUCACAAGAACGUGCAGACUCGUUUGAAUCAUAUUCUCCAAUGGAUGUUUCUCCUUAUCAGGAGACAUUGGCAGAUAAUAGAGGUUCAAGAGAACCUUCUGUGACAUCUGAAGAGGCCUUCCAUUCUUAUGUGGACAAUGCCUCGAGCAAAUCACACCCGACAGUUUCAAACGAUGCAGCAGAUGAAGAUUUGGUUGUUGCAACUCAAUGCUUGGAUAUUAAUGAAGGUGAUGUAAAAUGUACAGAAAUGAAAGUGGAAGGUUCUCAAUAUAUGUUUGGUAAACGUCCUGUUGCUGAGGGUCCUUCAGGAGAACCUGCUUUGGGAUCUGAGACCGACAGCUUUCAAUCUGCAGCUGAACAGUUAGACUAUAGCACUGAUACAUUUGUAACUGCUGCAGAUUCUGAAGUGAGCUCCAGCUUGAGGAUUGAGAAUCAAGAUAUUGAUGGCAAGAUGCAAUUUAGUUUUGCUUCAGCCUCGGAAGAUGGUAGCUUCACAUUUGCAGCAUCUUCCUCUGCUCAAGGUCAAUCGUCAGCAGCAAUGCGCCACCACAAAAAGAAAAACCGUAUAAAAGUUGUUAAUGAGUCGUAUAGUUCUCUUCCUAAUACUAAAGUUUCACAUACAGCAUCCUCUACGCAGUUUCUCCCACACUCUGAAUCAUCUUCGCUUUUGUCCCCUAGGCGGGGUCAAAAAGGAGAUCUACCUAUUUCGUUCAGCAAAAGGGGGGAUAGGUCUAACUUUGAAGUAGUCAAGGAACAGGAAACCAAGCAAGAAACUAUCUCUACCCCUGCUGCAAGCAUUGCAACUCAGGAAGCCUGUGAGAAGUGGCGACUAAGGGGAAACCAAGCCUAUGGCAAUGGAGAUAUGUCAAGAGCCGAGGACUAUUACACACAAGGGGUGAACUGUGUCCCUCAAAAUGAGAAUUCUAGAGGCUGCCUUAGGGCUUUGAUGCUAUGCUAUAGCAACCGGGCAGCAACACGUAUGUCCCUUGGAAAAAUGAGAGAAGCACUGGCAGACUGCAUGAAGGCUGCUGUAAUAGAUCCCAAUUUUCUCAGGGUGCAAGUUCGAGCUGCAAAUUGUUACCUGGCCCUUGGGGAAGUUGAAGAUGCAUCAAUACAUUUCAUUAAGUGCUUUCAAUCAGGAAGUGAUGCCUGUGUGGACCGUAAGCUGGUGUUAGAAGCCUCUGAGGGCCUGGAGAAGGUGCAGAAAGUGUCGGAGUGCAUGAAGCAAUCUGCAGAGCAUCUGCAACGGAGAACAUCCAGUGAUGCAGAGAGUGCUUUGGGAUUAAUUUCUGAGGCUUUGAUGAUAAGCUCUCACUGUGAGAAAUUGUUUGAAAUGAAAGCAGAUGCUCUUUUCAUGCUGCGGAAAUAUGAAGAGAUGAUUCAAUUGUGUGAGCAGACUCUUGGUUCUGCUGAGAUGAACUGUUCUGCAGUAGUAAGUGCUGAUGGUCACAUAACAAAUCUGGACAGUUCUGAUGCCCGAAAACCCCCCUCCUUCAGGCUAUGGCGAUGGCGCCUGAUUAUCCAGUCCUACUUCUAUCUAGGGAGGCUUGAGGAAGCUCUUGAGUUUCUGAAGAAGCAAGAGGAAUCUGUCUCUACCACUGAAGAGAAUGGAUGCAAGACUUUGGAAUCGUUAAUACCCUUAGCUGCCACAAUACGUGAGCUUGUAGUCCAUAAGGCUUCAGGAAAUGAAGCAUUUCAAUCAGGAAGGCAUGCAGAAGCUGUUGAAUGCUACACUGCUGCUUUAUCAUGCACUGUUGAGUCACGUCCCUUUGCAGCUGUUUGUUUUUGCAAUCGCGCUGCUGCAUACAAGGCUAUGGGCCAGAUCAUAGAUGCCAUUGCAGAUUGCAGCUUAGCUAUAGCUCUUGAUGGAAAUUAUCUGAAGGCAAUUUCUAGGCGAUCCACUUUGUUUGAGAUGAUUAGAGAUUAUGAACAGGCAACAAUGGACCUUCAGAGACUAGUGUCUCUUCUCAUGAAGCAAGUGGAGGACAAGGCCAAUCAGUCCAGUGCUUCUGAUAGAAUGAGCAGUGUGAACGAGUUAAGACAAGCUCAACAACGCCUUUCUAUAAUGGAAGAAGAAGCGAGAAAGGAAAUUCCCUUGAAUAUGUACCUCAUUUUGGGUGUUGAUCCAUCUGUAACAGCAUCAGAAAUUAAGAAGGCCUACCGGAAAGCUGCACUCAGACAUCAUCCUGACAAGGCUGGUCAGUCCUUGACUAGAAGUGAGAAUGGAGAUGAUGGGCUUUGGAAGGAAGUAGUGGACAAUGUUCACAAAGAUGCUGAUAGGCUCUUCAAAAUGAUUGGAGAGGCAUAUGCAGUACUUUCAGAUCCUACCAAGCGGUCACGGUAUGAUCUAGAAGAGGAGAUGCGAAAUGCUCAAAAGAGAGGCAGUGGAGGCAGCUCAUCAAAAAUGCAUGCAGAUGCCCAGAAUUAUCCAUUUGAGAGAAGCAGCAGCAACAGGCGCCAAUGGCGAGAGGUCUGGAGAUCACAUGGAAAUUCCCAACCUAGAGGCUCAGAAACAACUCGACCAAGUAGAUUCUCAUGAUAACUGUUGGCUAGGUCUCUCAGAAAAAUCUUGGCAAUUUUGGAUCAUAACCAUUUGACUGAUGCCUAGUUGGAUGAUUAUUUUGGCCAAUAAGCUACAUAUCAUGUUUGGCUUCUGUGAGAGGUUCAGCUUAUGACAAGGACUUCAUGCUGCUCUUCAAGAAUAGAUCGCGUGCAUAUAGAUGGAGGUUUGAGAGUGAGGAUUCUAGCAACUGAAGAACAUCAUUUUUGCAAUGUUUAAAAAAAAAACAAAAACAAAAACAAAAAAAGGAACAGAAAAAAGAAGAUAAGAGGUCAAUGUAAAAUAGCUUCACGUGAUAGAGGGAGAGGGGAAGCUCUGGGUGGCAAUGUUUGCAGAGAAGCAAUGAAUGUGUGGAUGCAACUGACAAGAGUAUGUUAUAUGUACAGGCUCCGGCAAUGUGUACAGGAAUUCAUCUCAUUGAGAAAGAUUGUUGGCCUUGACUGUUCCACUAAUUUCAGCCAGGAUGUUACUAACGACACAGAAGAAGAAAUUUUUCGCAGAGAAGCCUGCCUGGAAGCACUGUGUCCAAACAGGACUUGUGUUGUCUCUUUUUCUUAGUAAAAGUUUUUUUUUUCUUCUUUGGUUUCUCGGAGAGUAUGAAAUGUUGCGAGUGUACAGUCACUGUUUGUGGUGUUUGUUUGGAAGUUUAGAAAAUUAACAAUGACAAGAUGGAAAAGUUUGUAUUACGUUGUGUUGUCCAACAAUUUGUGGGUUUGAAGCAUUUGGUUGUGUCUCUUUUGAUUUUGUGAACAAAAGAUUUAAAUAGUUGUACCCCCCAAAAAAAUUAAGGUUUAAAUUAAACUUGGAUCUUC